AUGACUGGCACAGAAUCACCUGCGACACCUGCGCCUGUAGCGGCCCCCUUGCCUGCCCCAGAGCCGUAUAGCAUCUUCGACAAACGCCAAACUGCCUUGAUCGUGACAAUCGUCUCCAUAGCGGCAACAUUCUCGGGUUUCGCGUCAAACAUCUACUUCCCCGCCCUCCCGACCAUCGCCCAUGAUCUCGACGUCUCGAUUGAGUUGAUCAAUCUCACGGUUACUUCAUACCUAAUCUUCCAAGGGUUAGCUCCCAGCCUCUGGGGCCCAAUAUCGGAUGUCAAGGGACGACGACUCGCAUACUUACUUACCUUGAUUGUCUUCCUAGGAGCAUGUAUUGGUCUAGCAGAAGCCAAGAACUACGCGACCAUGGUUGUGUUGAGGUGCAUUCAGAGUACUGGCAGUGCCAGUACAAUUGCUAUAGGUUCAGGCGUUAUCGGGGAUAUUACGACCCGGGAUAAUCGCGGUGGGCUCAUGGGUAUAUUUCAAGCAGGGCUGCUGGUGCCUGUGGCAGUGGGACCAAUUAUCGGCGGUGCGCUGGCCGGAUCUCUUGGUUGGAGAUCCAUCUUCUGGCUGUUGACCAUCUAUACCGGCGUUUUCCUGGUUUUCUUGGUCCUGCUCUUGCCCGAGACGCUGAGGUCCAUCGUUGCUAAUGGGGGCUGGAUACCUACACACGCCCUGGCCAAAUACCCUCUACGUGUUUAUCAGAAGACGACCAAAAUCCAAUGGAAUAAUGGUGGGGUUUCCACAGCGCCAGUGGCGAAGAAACACGUCGAUGUCACAGGACCCUUUCGCAUCCUGAUCAGCAAGCACGCCGCUCCGAUCAUCGUCUUCCUGGCAAUCUAUUAUGCCGUUUGGCAGAUGAGCAUCACGGCCAUGUCUAGCCUAUUCGAGGAUAGUUAUGGUCUCACAGAGACUGAGAUCGGCCUGACUUUUAUCGCCAACGGAGUGGGCUCCAUGGUAGGUACACUCAUUACUGGCAAGAUACUCAAUCUCGACUACCGCCGUUUCAAGGCUCGGCAUGAUGCCCGCGUUGCGAGGAGUAAUACAGAGGAUGACGCUGAACCUGCCAAUGUGCAGAAAGACCAGGAAAAUGACUUCCCGCUGGAGACGGCGCGUCUCCGCCUCGUCCCCCUGUUUUCCCUCCUUCAAUGCGCGUCAAUCUUGCUCUUUGGCUGGACCAUACAGUAUCCCCAUCAGGUCCACAUCGCUGUGCCAAUCGUGUCGACAUUUAUCACGGGUUGGGCUGCUGUUUCCAUGCAGUCUGUCGUCAUGACCUAUCUUGUCGAUGUAUUUCACGACCGCAGCGCCGCUGCCAGCGCGAGCUUGAACCUUGCCAGAUGCUUAUUCGCCGCCGGGGGCACGAGCUUUGUUAUGCCAAUGAUCAACUCUAUCGGUGUCGGGUUGGCUUUUACUGUCUGUGUCGCGGUGCAGGGUGUUGCAAUGGGGAGCUUGGCUAUUCAAUGGAAGUUUGGCGCAAAAUGGAGACGGGCAGCUGAUGAUAAAAAGACGAAGCCUUAG